AUGACAUGGACAGACUUCAUUCAUAUGUUCGAUGACAAGUAUUUCCCUCAUAGUGUUCGAAAUGCUAAGGAUAGAGAGUUUCUUUCAUUUAAGCAAGAUAACUUAUCUAUUACGGAGUAUGAGAUUGAAUACUCAAGAUUGCCUAUGAUUAUACCCCACCUAGUAGAUACUGAAGAGAAAAAUAGACGUCGGUUCGUAUAUGGUUUGAAAGCCGUGUAUCAGAGGCAUAUUGUUGGAAAUCCAAUGAUUGACACUUAUGUUAGGGCUGUUGAAUGUGCCAGAGAGCUUAAGCAAGAUUUUUUGUCUCAUAAGAGGGAUGAGGAGUACCUGAAGAAGGAGAGCAAGGUUGAUCGUGCAUCAAAAUAUUCGUCGAGUCAACAUGGAAGUGGUAAGAACCAGCAGACCCAGAAUUUCACUCAACAAGGUGGUCAACCAGGGAAGAAAAGGAAGGGGCAUUGGAAUCAAGGAAAUCGUGGUCAGAAGGAUGGAGGCAACGAAAGAGCAGUAGUGUCAGUUGAAGAUAGGCAUGAGCAACCAAACACUGGGGUUGCAAACCGUAAUGUGCAGCCUCGUGGUCAGGGUCAACUCUUUGUCGUGCAACCUCGUGAGACGGAGAAUGCCACUUUGGGAGGUACUUUCUUCAUUUUAAGUGAACCUGUUAGUAUUUUCUUUGAUGCCGGAGCUACUCAUUCUUUAGCUUAUGCUAAGUUAGUUGGCAUGAUAAAUCUUUUUGUGGUAGUGUGUGAUUUUCCUCUAUGUGUUGCUACCCCUACUAGUAGUAUGGUAGAGUUGAGAAAAAGGGUUGAUGCUUGUCCUAUUACGAUUGGAGAUAUUGAGAAUUUGGCGGAUCUUUAUGUUUUAGAGAUGGUUCCUUGCGAUGUAAUAUUAGGAAUGGAUUGGUUAUCUUCUAAUUUUGUGCAAUUGGAUUGUGCUGAAAGGACAAUCACUUUUGCAAAGACGGGUCAAUCUAAGGUAGUGGUGCAGACUAUAUCUCGAAAUCUGUUUGUAGAAGCUUUCCUUAGCCAUAUUGAAGGUGAAGUAGUAGAUAAUGAGUCUCUGCAGAUUGCGAGUAUGCCAGUGGUGUCUGAUUUUACAGAUUUGUUUCGAGAGGUUCCUGGAUUACCUCCAAAUAGGCAAGUGGAGUUCUGCAUCGAACUUCAACUAGGUACGAGACCUAUUGCUCGUGCUCCUUAUAGAAUGGCUCCAAGGAAAUGCAGGAAUUGA